AUGGCGCAGAUGUACCAUCAAGCAGAUGCGGACCUGCAAAAAUCAUCAGCGAUUUUAUAUUCCCAGAACCCAACCACUAUCUUGCCACCUCACUUACGCCAGCUUACAGUUAGGCGUGGACGCAAGGUGCUUCAGCGAGGACCACAUCGCGGAAAGUUUCUGGUUCGGGCUGUGGUGUGCAUUGUUUCACUGGUGACGCUUGUGGCUUUGUUGGCUGUGUGCCGGAGUAUCCAACGGAGGUUGAAUCCUGGUGCGGCAACACCCCGCAACCUUGCGGGUGCGGAGGAGGAUCAGGGGCGAUCCGGCAUUUUGGAGCAGUGCCUGGAUUUGGAGGCGGACCAUGGCAUUUGGGGAGCUGGUUUCGAGGAAGGUGGGGACGCGACAGAAGCAAAGGCUAGGCUGGCAGACUUCCUGCAAAAAUCUGCGGAUGCUUUUGAACAGGUGCAGAUUUUCGUUUCACAGGGGUUCAAAGGUGACAGUCAUUCCCCCGCCUUUCGGCUAGAUGAGUCAUGGCAGCCCACCUCGCACCCAAGUGUGUUUGCUGGCGGAUUUGGAUCAGACAGUAGUGGUGUGGCGGCGGGCAGUGGGCUCGACGCUUUAAGUGCAGCUGCCUGGCUGACGAAUGGUCUUGGGUCAGUUUUGGGGGAAGGCGGGCAGCAAGAGCACGCCGCAGGAGCGAGCGGAAUGCGAGGACAUCAAUGGGAAGUAUCAGCAUCUGUAGGAAGUUUGUCGGCGUUUGAUGAAGGAGAGGUAGCUGCAGGGCCGGGUGCCUUUUUGUCAGUUGGCAGCACAGCCAGCAGUGAAUACGCGCAGAAUCCUCUGGGUUGGGUCAACCCCAUUUCAGAAAAGAGGUAUCCAGAGGCCGGUCAGCGCAGGGUAGGGGAGACUGUAUUGCAAAUGCAAACGGCAGAUGCCGAUGCAACUGGACUCGCUAUACCUAAUGUGGGUUCUUCUGGAAAUGACAGGUUUGCAGGUAUAGUCGGUCAGAGCGACUCCCAUGCAGGCUUGAGCCAUUACAGUUCACUGCAGGUAUUGCAAAUGGGAACAGUUCAACAACCUGAGCACCAGGGACAAGCCUCUGACGGUACUUUGGAUGCGUUGGGGGAAUCCGAGGCUAGUAGAGGUGAACGCGGAACCAGCAGCGAAGACGGGGAAAUGUGUGAGGUUAGGGACAUUGAUCAGCAUCCUUUUGUACGGCUGCCAGUGGUAGAUCGGAGGAAUAUUUGCACAAGGUUCUGCGUGCAGCGUGCACUAUUUAUCGAUCUAAAUGUUCUCGGUCCAAUGGACUCAUACAUGACAUUGCGCAGCUUAUUUGCUAAGGCUUCGCUGACGGCUGAAGAUGUGGACGCACUCAUGAACAGUGCCGAAAGGUUGGUAAACUAUGCAGUGUUCAAGCUGAAACAGCAAUGUGAGCGAACUACAUCUAGCUAUGUUGCCAAGAAACUAGCAUCUCUGUUUAUGGUAUUUGACGCCUUGGUGAGCGUAACUGAGCUCCUGGGGGAGAGUAUGAAUAUUAGGCUGUGGUGGCGUAAGUUUGUGGACAUGUUCCCGACGGACCAUUUCCGUGCACCAGGAGCGAGAUUGAGAAAAACAAGAGCGCUGAACAUGCUGAUCAAUCGACUGAGCAGUGCAUUGUCAGCAUAUAAGUCAGGAAAACGCCCGCCACUCCGCGAGAUAAUUUCCCUCAAAAAAGAGAUAUUAACCAGUCUGACUAAAGAUUGCCAGUUUACGAACCCGCUAUGGAGUUUAUGGUUGAAGGAUGAUGAAGACUUCACAUGUUCUAGCAGUAAUUCAAAAAGUCCUUCCGACGCAAAAAGCCACGGCCAGUGA